CACUUCAGAGAAACCCAUUGUGCAAAACCAGCCUGGGUUUUCCAGACCUGGGCUCCUGCAGAAUGCCAACCAUGGGCAGCAUGAGCUGCAGAGUGGAUCUGGGGCUCAGGAAUUCAAAGUGGGGCCAAUCAAGUUACAUCCCCCUCACCCAGCAAGGAGGGUCAGUGUAAGAGCCACUUCACUUCCCCCACUUACUGUGUUAGCCCCAGUGCUCAGUAUCUGGGGCCCUGGCACCCCCUCGUGGGCUUCAGAGGCUGUGCUAGUUGAGUAGCCAGAGGCAGGCAACUUUCAGAGCCGGAGGGAGGCCAGCCACUGGGCUCAGGGCCUCUGGAGGGAGGUUUCCUGAUUAAUGGGAGGGAACUGGCAAGCCUAGACAAGACUGCAGACAUGUGCACAUGUAGGCACGCAUAGGCCUCCUGGCAUGUGAGCAGGCACAUGUCAGACACUUGAAUCCAAAUGAAUAAUGUGCACCUGAAGAGAAGCUCCACACAUAGGUGCAUUCCUGCAUAGAUGGGCACCCUCAGGCACAUGGGAGCAACCGUGUAGACAUGACAUACAUGUGUACACAGGUGCAUAUGUGGCACAUCAUUGCCUUGCAUGUGUUGUACCAGUGAAGGACAGAUACAUACACCCAGGCACACACAGUGGACAUUUCUGGACAGCCAUUGGGGCUAAUAGCAAGUGGAGGAGCCAGGUGAGCCCCAGCUAGGCCCGUGCAGACCCUCCUACUGCCAGCCCUGCCCCAGGCUCCACCAGACACUUAGAACCUACCUUUCUCCAUCUGAGCACCAACCCUCCUUGCUGUCUCCCGCGCCUCUCCUGGGGGGAUGGGGAGGGCACACCAGGGGUGCAGAGUCAGCAGGGGAAGGAUUGGGGCCAUGCCAGCGCUGAUUACAAAGUUGGGGGGCUGAGCUAGAUUCACCUGUCCUUGUCUCUGAUUGGCUCUUGGGCACUCCUAGCCCCCAAAUCCCACUCAGCACCCCCUCCACCAGGGCCUGCACAAGUCUGCAGAGAGCCAUUUGAUUGUCAGUUACUGGGCCAGAAGGGCAGCAGGGGAGGCUACAGCAGGCCUAUCUGGCUCUUGGGAUUCCCGACACCCAAAAGCGCCACCUGCCCACCCUGCACCCUCUCCUGCUGCCAGAGCCAUGGGGGCUGGGGCCAGCGCUGAGGAGAAGCACUCCAGGGAGCUGGAGAAGAAGCUGAAGGAGGACGCUGAGAAGGAUGCUCGGACAGUGAAGCUGCUGCUCCUGGGUGCGGGUGAGUCCGGGAAGAGCACCAUCGUCAAACAGAUGAAGAUCAUCCACCAAGACGGGUACUCGCUGGAAGAGUGCCUGGAGUUCAUUGCCAUCAUUUACGGCAACACACUGCAGUCCAUCUUGGCCAUUGUGCGCGCCAUGACCACGCUCAACAUCCAAUAUGGAGAUUCGGCGCGCCAGGACGACGCCCGCAAGCUGAUGCACAUGGCCGACACCAUAGAGGAAGGCACCAUGCCCAAGGAGAUGUCCGACAUCAUCCAGAGGCUGUGGAAGGACUCGGGUAUCCAGGCCUGCUUCGAACGCGCUUCUGAAUACCAGCUCAACGACUCGGCGGGCUACUACCUCUCGGACCUGGAGCGCCUGGUGACCCCGGGCUAUGUGCCCACCGAGCAGGAUGUGCUGCGUUCGCGAGUCAAGACCACUGGCAUCAUCGAGACACAGUUCUCAUUCAAGGACCUUAAUUUCCGGAUGUUCGACGUGGGCGGGCAACGCUCGGAGCGCAAGAAGUGGAUCCACUGCUUCGAAGGCGUGACCUGUAUCAUCUUCAUUGCCGCGCUGAGCGCAUAUGACAUGGUGCUGGUGGAAGACGAUGAGGUGAACCGCAUGCACGAGAGCCUGCACCUGUUCAACAGCAUCUGCAACCACCGCUACUUCGCCACCACCUCCAUCGUACUCUUCCUCAACAAGAAGGAUGUCUUCUCCGAGAAGAUUAAGAAGGCUCACCUUAGCAUCUGCUUCCCAGACUACAAUGGGCCCAACACCUAUGAGGACGCGGGCAACUACAUCAAGGUGCAGUUCUUGGAGCUCAACAUGCGGCGCGAUGUGAAGGAGAUCUACUCCCACAUGACAUGCGCCACCGACACACAGAACGUCAAGUUCGUCUUCGACGCGGUCACCGAUAUUAUCAUCAAGGAGAACCUCAAAGACUGUGGCCUCUUCUGAGGUGGGGUCCUUGACAGCCUGGACAACGCUGCCCUCUCCUGCAGGCUAGUUCCCCAGCCCCAGCCCAGCACCCUACAACUGCAGCCCCACACAUCCCAGACUCCAGCAGCCCUAUCCCAUCCCACCCCCUUGCAAGUCCCCAUCCUUUGGUCCCUCGCUCCCCUCAGCAUCUGGGGUAUCAGAGUUCCCCAGACAAAGCCCAAACCCGGUUAAUUUAGGGUUCAGGGCUGCUGAUCUGCUUCCCUUGUCUCUUGCCAGAACACAUGGGUGUUGCCUUGAUACCCUGUAGCACUAGUACCCUUGUAGCCCCCAAGAACCCCUUCAGCGCCCCACCUCCCUAAGACUCCGGGGCCCCAGCAUGCCACCUCACAGCCACAAACUCCAUCCCUAAGCUCUGGUACCCUGGAGGAGUGGCCAUGCCCCCAGCCCCACCUUGUCCUUGGCCUCUUGGACCUCAGGCAGGCCACACUCAGGACUGCUGGGCUCACACUGUGACUCAGCAGUGACUCAGCAGUGCCCAGCUGAUCAGUCCUGCCCUCCUGGGAGCCACCACUCACCUGGUGGGUUUAGGUUCAGCAAACAUCCCCUCCCCACCAGCCCCCUGUCAUGAGGACAGGAGUGGGUGGCCCUCCCCAAAGCAGUCCUGCCACUUCCCGCAGCGUAGUCCACCUCCAUGUGACAAGUUCAGAUACCUGUCCAUUCUGUGGCCAGUGAGUCCCGCCCAGCAAUUUCAGAGGUCCAAAGUCCAAGCUGGCUCUGGUCCAUACAUAUAUGGGGGAGGGGGAGCUGGGACCCCCCGCCCCAGUGACCAGAGACAGUCUCCAGCUAAGCCUUCCCCAAAUACAGACUCAGAGUCACCCACCCACCCCUGCUUCCCCCACGGGAACUGCCCACUCUGUUCUCAGACAUGAGAUCCAUGCCCUGCCUCACCCCCCUACACACACACACACACACACACACACAUACACACAUACCACUAAAUUGGCAGGCCAAGGGGAUGGUCACGUGAGGGCCAAUGGUGGAACUGUCCUGAGGGGUGGCUGUGGGCAGAGUCCGGCGCCCAUCGAUCAGCCCAGGCAGAGGAGUCAGAAAAAGAGCAAGGCCUAGCUGUGCCCAAGGUGUCUAACUUAGGUGGCAUGGUAAGCAGUCCCAAGUGACCCUUCUGCACCUGCAGCGGCUCGCCCCCUGGCAGGGAA